CAUCCUCUUCGCUGACAUCGUAGGCUUCACGGGCUUGGCCUCGCAGUGCACGGCCCAGGAGCUGGUGAAACUCCUCAAUGAGCUCUUUGGCAAGUUUGACGAACUGGCCACGGAGAACCACUGCCGCCGCAUCAAGAUCCUGGGCGACUGCUACUACUGCGUGUCUGGCCUCACACAGCCCAAGGCUGACCAUGCCCACUGCUGCGUGGAGAUGGGCCUGGAUAUGAUUGACACCAUCACGUCUGUGGCCGAGGCCACGGAAGUGGACCUGAACAUGCGUGUGGGCCUGCACACGGGCCGCGUGCUCUGCGGGGUCCUGGGCCUGCGCAAGUGGCAGUAUGAUGUGUGGUCCAAUGAUGUCACCCUGGCCAAUGUCAUGGAAGCUGCCGGCCUUCCCGGGAAGGUCCACAUCACCAAGACCACCCUGGCGUGCUUGAACGGGGACUACGAGGUGGAGCCGGGCCACGGGCAUGAGCGGAACAGCUUCCUGAAAGCUCACAACAUCGAGACCUUCUUCAUUGUACCUUCACACCGGAGAAAGAUAUUUCCAGGGCUGAUCCUCUCCGACAUCAAGCCUGCCAAGAGGAUGAAGUUCAAGACCGUCUGCUACCUGCUGGUGCAGCUCAUGCACUGCCGGAAGAUGUUCAAGGCCGAGAUCCCCUUCUCCAGCGCCACCUGUGGGGACGACAAGCGCAGGGCAUUGAGAACAACCUCAGAGAAACUCCGAAACCGCUCAUCUUUCUCCACCAAUGUUGUCUACACCACCCCGGGCACCCGUGUCAAUCGGUACAUCAGCCGCCUCCUGGAAGCCCGCCAGACGGAGCUGGAGAUCGCCGACCUGAACUUCUUCACACUCAAGUACAAGCAGGCCGAGCGUGAGCGGAAGUACCACCAGCUCCAGGAUGAGUACUUCACCAGUGCGGUCGUGCUUGCCCUGAUUCUAGCUGUUUUGUUUGGCCUCAUCUACCUUCUCGUGAUCCCGCAGAACCUGGCCCUCCUGCUCCUUCUGGUGUUCAGCAUCUGCUUCCUGCUGGCCUGUGUCUUGUACCUGCAGGUCACCCAAGUCCAGUGUUUUCCAGGCUGCCUGACGAUCCAGAUCCGCACCGUCCUGUGCAUCUUCAUCGUGGUCUUGAUCUACUCCGUGGCCCAAGGCUGUGUGGUGGGCUGCCUGCCCUGGGCCUGGAGCACCCGCCCCAACGCAUCACUGGUGGUCCUGACGCCCGGCACCCCACCCGGUGAUGCUGUGCCCCACGCCCUGCUCUGCGGCCAGGUGGGCACUCUGCCCCUGGCCGUGUUUUUGCGUGUGUCCUCCCUACCGAAGCUGAUCCUGCUGGCUGUGCUCACGGCAUCCUACAUCCUGGUCCUGGAGCUCAGUGGCUACUCAGAAGCCGUGCGCAGUGGCACCGUGUCUGGACACAGCUCGGAGCCCAUCAUGGCCAUCCUGCUAUUCUCCUGCGCCCUGGCCCUCCAUGCCCGGCAGGUGGACAUCAAGCUCCGGCUAGACUACCUCUGGGCCGCGCAGGCAGAGGAGGAGCGAGACGACAUGGAGCAGGUGAAACUGGACAACAAGCGGAUCCUCUUCAACCUCCUGCCCGCCCAUGUGGCUCAGCACUUCCUCAUGUCCAACCCCAAGAACAUGGACCUCUACUACCAGUCGUACGCACAGGUGGGCGUCAUGUUUGCCUCCAUCCCCAACUUCAACGACUUCUACAUCGAGCUGGACGGCAACAACAUGGGGGUGGAGUGCCUGCGGCUCCUCAAUGAGAUCAUCGCCGACUUUGAUGAGCUCAUGGACAAAGAUUUUUACAAGGACCUGGAGAAGAUCAAGACCAUCGGCAGCACCUACAUGGCUGCAGUGGGGCUGGCGCCCACGGCAGGGGUCAAGGUGAAGAAGUGCAUCUCCUCCCACCUCAGCACCCUGGCCGACUUCGCCAUCGAGAUGUUCGACGUGCUGGAUGAGAUCAACUAUCAGUCCUACAACGACUUCGUGCUGCGUGUCGGCAUCAAUGUGGGCCCUGUGGUGGCUGGAGUGAUCGGUGCGCGGAGACCCCAGUAUGAUAUUUGGGGGAACACGGUCAACGUGGCCAGUCGGAUGGACAGCACCGGGGUCCAGGGCAGAAUCCAGGUGACAGAGGAGGUCCACCGGCUGCUGCGCCAGGGCGUGUACCACUUCGUGUGCCGGGGCAAGGUCAGCGUCAAGGGCAAGGGCGAGAUGCUGACCUACUUUCUGGAAGGCAGGACCGACGGCGGCCCCCAGGCCCGCGCCCAGGCCCUGGGCCGCAAGCUGUGUCCCUACCGCCGAGCCGGCCUCCCGGGAAGACUGGCCGCGCUGGGGGCUCUGCAGGGUGCAGGGCUGAGUCCCGGGCCCCCCGCCCAACACCCGCCCCCCGGAGCACCGGGGAAGGAGGCUUAGCCCAACCGGCGCUGGCCA